ACCCAAAAAAAAAAACCCAGAAUAUCAUCGCCACCCAGAAAUCAAAACAGAUCCAGAAACCAAAAAAAAAAAAAAAACCCAAGUUCAGAUAACCGGAGAAACAAACCAACUGGGAUAUACCAGUCUCAGGGUUUGAUUUCUUGAAGGUGUCUUUUAUUUUUAUUGUCUUGGGCAUUAUUAAUGGAAAUGGAGAAGAAUCGGAAGUACAUCACGACGGAGGAGCUGAGAUUACACAACAAGCCUGACGAUUUAUGGAUCUCUAUCCAGGGGAAGGCGUAUAAUGUCACCGACUGGGUGAAGGACCACCCGGGUGGAGCUGAGCCUCUGAUGAAUCUGGCAGGGCAGGACGUGACGGACGCGUUCAUUGCUUAUCAUCCCGGCACGGCUUGGGCUUACCUGGACAAGUUGUUCACCGGGUAUUACGUCAGAGAUUUCAAGGUGUCUGAUGUGUCGAGGGAUUACCGGAAGUUGUAUUCCGAGUUUCUGAAGAUGGGGCUUUUUGAGAAGAAGGGGCAUGUGCAGCUGUAUAAUAUGGCGAGCGUGGCGGUGAUGCUGGGGAUGGUUGUGUAUGGGGUGGUGAGAUCUGAGAGUAGUUUGGUGCAUAUGGGGUGUGGGUUUUUGUUGGGUUUGUUGUGGAUUGUUGCGGCGUAUAUGGGUCAUGAUUCAGGGCAUUAUGUGGUGAUGAAGAGCGAGUUUUGGAACAGUGUGACACAGAUUCUGGCGGGGAAUUGCGUUACGGGGAUCAGCAUUGCUUGGUGGAAGUGGACUCAUAAUGCGCAUCAUAUUGCUUGCAACAGUUUGGAUUAUGACCCUGAUCUGCAGCACGUUCCGGUGUUUGCUGUGUCCACAAAGUUCUUUCAUUCGCUGACUUCGGUGUUUUAUGGGAGGGAGCUGACGUUUGAUGGCGUGGCGAGGUUUUUGAUUGGGUACCAGCAUUUUACUUACUAUCCGGUGAUGAUUUUCGGGCGGAUUAAUCUGUUUAUACAGACGUUUUUGUUGCUGUUCUCCAAGAGGCCUGUGCCGAAUAGGUUGAAGAACAUAUUUGGGAUCCUUGUGUUCUGGACUUGGUUUCCUCUGUUGGUUUCGUGCCUACCGAAUUGGGGGGAGAGGGUGAUGUUUGUGCUGAUUGCGUUUGCGGUCACGGCUCUGCAGCAUGUUCAGUUCACAUUGAACCAUUUCUCUGGGGAUACAUAUGUUGGGCCUCCCAAGGGGAAUGAUUGGUUUGAGAAGCAGACAGCUGGGACUAUUGACAUUUCGUGUUCGAGUUAUAUGGAUUGGCUCUUUGGUGGGUUGCAGUUUCAGCUUGAGCACCAUUUGUUCCCCAGGUUGCCUCGCUGCCAAUUGAGGAAGGUUUCGCCCAUCAUUCAAGAGCUGUGCAAGAAGCACAGUUUGCCUUACAGGAGCUUGUCAUUCUGGGAAGCCAAUGUGUCCACCAUUAGAACUCUUAGGACUGCUGCCCUGCAGGCUAGGGACCUGACCAACCCUGUUCCAAAGAACUUGGUCUGGGAGGCUCUUAACACCCAUGGUUGAGAGUUUUGCGUGUCAAGAUUGGAACUCCCUACCUUCGACGUAGGGUGAAUGCUUGGUGUCGAAUAGCAAGAAAUCGCAGUAUCGAUAAAGACCAAUAGGGUUGCUUUCUUUGCUUCUGCAGAAAAUUCAGUCAACAGCUGAUAUUUUGUUAUUCUGGUAUCUGAUAUGGUAUCAUGGGAAGACGUCAAUAUCCCUGGGUUUUGAAAGUGUUGGGCUUAUUAGUUUGAACUAAAAUGAUUAGCUCCAUGAUGCAGUUGAAGAAAAGCCUGAUUAGUAUAA